UAUUUUAGACACAGCCUCACACACACAGACAAAAUCUAAAAAGCGAAACUAACAGAAAGUAAUAAGAAAAAGAAAGAGAAAGAGAGAUCUCCCGCCCCCAAUCUCUCUUCUCUUUCGAAUUAACACAAUAAUACUAACAAUAAUUUUAAAAUUAUAAAAAUAAUUAAUAAUAAUAAUAAUUCUGCAUUUUUCGUUUUGUCAAAUUACGAUAGUGCCGUUACGUCACUCGAUCCGUUAGAUUCUGAUUCGGUUUAUGUUCGAUCUGGUUUUUCGCAUCUGGAUCAUACCGAAUCCGAAUCCGAGAUCAGUUUGAUAAUGACGGCUGGUAAUGAUUUAGUUAGUAAUGAAGUUGUUAUUAAUAAGGUUGAGGAUAGUUUGGAUGUUAGUAAUGUGAAUGGGAAUGGUGAUUGUGAUAGAGGUGGUGGGGACGGGAAGGACGAAUCGGAUGAUUCGAGUUACGUUUUUGUGAGCGAUGGAGGUGUUGAUGUUGUGUCGAAAUCUGAUUCGGUUGAGGAAGUUGACUUAUUUAAGAAGGAAGAGAAUGGAGGGAUUAGUGUUGGUGAUCAGUUGGAUUUGGAGACAAAUGAUGUUGAGAAUGAGGUUAAGGAUGUUACACAGGAAGCGUGUCUCGAGAAUGGAUCUGUUGUUAAUGUGAAUGAGUCGGCGGAGAGUAAUGGUGUUGAUCUGGAUGUAAAAGGUCUUGUUGGGAAGGCUAUACAGGAAGAAACGGUGGAGGAUGGUAAUGAGAUCGCAGAUGUGGAAGCUAAAACAGAUGAUCUUGUUUCUGCAGUUGGUUCAGAUACAGAGUGUAUUCGGGAUCCAAUAGAGGGUUCAGAGUCUCAAGACACAGUCAGUCAGUCGGUUUCUUUGCCUGAUGUAACCAAUACAACAGAUGGUAAUGAGAUUCAUGAUGUGGAUGAUGCAGAGUGUAUUCGGGAUCCAGUAGAGCGUUCAGAGUCUCAAGACACAGUCAGUCAAUCGGUUUCUUUGCCUGAUGUUACCAAUACAAUAGAUGGUAAUGAGAAUUAUGAUGUGGAAGCUAAAAGAGAAGAUGUUGUUUCUGCAGUUGAUUCUGAUGCAGAGUGUAUUCAGAAUCCAGUAGAGAGUUCGGAGUCUCAGGUGACAAUCAGUCAGUCUGUUUCUACACCUGAUAUAGUCAACGAAGUUGCUACCCCCAUUCCAGUUGAGAAUACAAAUGGAGAAGUGAUGGUCUUCGAUGGGCCAGAGUCUGUUAGCGACAUGGUUGAAGAAGCAGAAUGUGAAGUUAUAGCUGAUGGGUCUGGUAAAUUAUUUGAAAAUUUGGAAUGUCAAGUGGCAGUCAAUGGGUUAGUAUCGUCUGGAAGUUCAAUCAAGGAAAAAAGUGAAGUAACAGUCGACGAGUCUAGGAAUCCAUCUGAUGAUUUGGAAUGUCAAGUAACAACUGACGGGCAGGAAGCUUCUGGAAGCUCAAUGAAGGAAGAAGAAGCUCAAGUAACAGCUGACGAGCCAGAAUCUUCUGGACGUUCAAUGAAGGAGCAAGAAGCUCAAGUAACAGUUGAUGAGUCUGGUAACCCAUCUGAAGAUCUGGAAAGCCAAGCUACAGCUGAUGGGCUAAAAUCUUGUGGCAGUGCAAUCAAGGAACAAGAUAGUGAAGUGUCAGUUGGCAAUGUAUUAGACAACCAAGAAUGUCCGGUAUCAGUUGAUGAGUCAGAACCUACCGGUAACCCUACGGAGGAAGUGGAUGAUAGUUCCAUAGUUAUGGAAUCAAAUGGAAAGCCAGAAGAGGAACAUGAGUUGUUAAGUAAGGCCUUAGAGGUCAAUGUAGAACCUGAACUAAAUCAUGUUUGCAAUGGGAUGAGGUCCGGGCAUGUAAACGAGUCCUUAUCAGCUUCUCACCAAUUUGAGGACAAGAAAUUUGAAGGGGCAUCUGCCACAGAAUCUACAGAGUAUCCAGACUCGGGAGCUGUGAUGUCUGUGUACGCUGAUGAUCUGGCUAAUAGGCAAGUCGUAAAUUUUGAUGGAACUUUGGAAAAUGGAGAGAUUCACAUUUCUGGAACAGAGGCCGAUGAAAGUGUACCAUUACGGUUUGAUGGUGAAUUGGCAAAACCAGAAGAGAAGUUUGAGAAGCAAGCAGAAGAAAGUUCUGAAACUCUUGUCGAAGUUACAGAAUCUGUAGAAAUCAUGGCGAACUCUGAAGAGCUGAAGGAGCAGGUCAAAAAGGAGGAUGAGAUUCAGCAAUCUCAGAUACUGGCUACGGACAAUGUACAAGGAUACUUGAAUUUGGAGGAUAAAACAGCAGAAUCUGCAAAUGAGGCUGAAGUACCAUCAGAGACAGAAACUAACAUUGAGCCCGUUUCACAUGAUAACACAAGGUCUCAAUCUGAAGUCAGCAAUUGCAGUGACAAACCUCAAGAAGGCUUCCAAACGGACGGAAGUGCUGAAAUUGUUGUAACGAGUGAUCCUGUGAAAUCAGAAUGCAAUAAUGAAGAUUUGCUAGCUGAGAAGGACAAUGAUGCUCUUUCUAAUCAUGAAGACUUGACAGUAGUAGAAGAGAAGGUUCAAAUUGUAGCUCAUCUGGGUACAGAGAACGAAUCUGCUGAAGACAUGGGUUGUGGAACUGGAACUGAAACUGCUGAUGUCCUUGACGAUAACGAAAAAGAAACAGAAGAUAAGGAUGCUCCUGUUGAAUUAGUAGCUGAUCUGGUUAAAGAGAAUUGUUCUGCUGAUUCUGGAACUGAGAUUGAAAAUGUCGAUGUCCCCGAUGAUCCCGAAAAAGAAACUCUAGCUACGGAUGUUCCUGUUGCAGAUCAUUCCACAUUAAGUUUCCCGGACACACCUGUAGCUGUUAUCGAGUUUGGUUCAAUUGGGCGUCACGAGACACUUCCCAGUAUAUGUAAGAUUGAUAUGAUUUCUUCAUCUGAUGCCCCAAAUGGGGAUGCCAAGUUUGCCUGCGGUAAUGACAGUGGCAUUCCUGAACAAAAUGUCGAUGGUUCACAUGGAGAUAGAAACAGCGACAAAAUGUCUUGUCCAGAAGUGGAAGACAUGGAUGUCAGUGAUGAGAUUCCUACCUCUUCCGUAGAUGGUUCUGUAAGCGAUGCUGUACGAGACGAAGAAGUUGAGGUUCGAGCAUAUAACUUCUUGAUCAGGAUUCCUCGAUUUGAGGAUGAAAGUUUUAGGGAACAGAUUAUAGAUGCACAGUUGCUAGUUAAGGAGAAGACAGACCUCAGAGAUGCUAUCCGAGAUCAGAUCAUUAAAAUAAGGGAUGUGUUGAGAUCCCACAAUGAGGCAUAUAAGGCAGCAAGAUUGGAGGAGACCGCAGCAAGGCGGUUGGUUAAAUUAAAGCGGCAGGAAAUAGACUCUGUGCAGGAUGAAAUCAACAGGUUGAAGAAUGCUAUGUCUGUUGAAGAUAUUGAUGGCAGGAUGCUGAGUUUAGAGCAUAUGAUACAACAUGAAACAUUGGUGUUAAAAGAUGAAAAGCAAUUCAUUCGUGAAAUUAAACAGCUUAAGGCUCUUCGGGAUCAACUAGCUAAAAACAUGGGAACCCCGGAGGAAGUUCGCCAGGCUAUAGACAAGAAAGAUGAAAAUGAGGAGCUUAUGAAGACUUUAAGGAAGGAACUGGACUCCUUAAAAAGUAAGGUGUCAAAAGCAGAAGCUGUUGUCAAUGCAGUGGGGAAAAAGUACGAUGAGGAUAGUAGAAGGGAAAGAGAACUGCAAGCUCAGUUCAGAGCUGCGGAUGACGUUCGCCAAAAGGCGUAUGCUCACUUAAAUAGUUUGAAGAGACUAGCAUAUGACAAGAACAAAAAUUUUCGUCUGUAUAAGGAAGAUUUAUCUGCAGCAAGGAAGUUUAAAUCGCGUGGAGAUAAAGAUGCACUUCAUCGUUUGUGCGCAAAUCAGGUGGAGGCAUUUAUGGAACGGUGGAACAACAAUGAUGAAUUCAGACAAGAGUACGUCAGCAGGUGCAAUAUGAAUGCAGCCAGAAGACAACGGGCAUUGGGUGGAGGAUCACUUGUUCCUGAUGAUGGGUCACCUAUGUUGCCCAUUAAAGUAAAUGAAAAAGUUGAUAAUAGUCUGAUUUCUACUCCAAGUCAAAUGACGUCUGUGUCGGGAGUUUCAGCUGUUGGACAAGGCAAUAUUGUUUCAUCAACCGAAAGUAAGCAUGCAGAAAUUAAUAAUAAGUCUAUUGAAAAUGUAUCAAGCCAAAAGAACCAAGAUUUGAAAACCAAAGCUCCUGCAAAAUCUUCUUUAGUAAGUGACGUGGCAUCAAUUAACGGUUUCCCAGUGGUCAAUAAGUCAAUAGACGAUAAAAAGGAGGAAGAAAGUACACUGACAAAAGUGGAAAUUGAGUUGGCCCAGAAGGCUGAAGAAUUGAAAAAUGAAGAAAUUGCAGCCCAGUUGAAAGAGCAACGCCGAUUAGAAGAGAAGGCCAAGGCGGCCGAGGCUUUAGAGAGGAAAAAACGAAAUGCUGAAAAGGCCCAAAUGAGGGCUGAGCUGCGGGCACGCAAGGAAGCCGAACAGAAAGAGAAGGAAAAGGAAAAGCGUCUGAGAAAGAAGGAAAAGAAGAAGGCAGGUGAUGGAAGCAUCAAUGGAGAGGAACCUGCCAGCUCAGAAAGUUCAAAUGAGGCUACAACUAAGGAGAUCGAAACCUUAGUUAAGGAGAAUGCAAAGAAAAAGACGCAAAAGCCUCCAGCUCAUUUCUUCUCAAAGCAGCUGAAGCCAAAGCCCAUCCCUCCACCCAUUAUAAACAGAAACAAGAAGCGGUGGCAGAUGUGGGGGAACGUGGCGCUUGCAGUUGUUGCCACCAUUGCCGCCAUUGCUUUGUUAUAUGUGCUUAGCACCGGUCGUCUUCUUGAUUUUCGGGUCCCUAAGGCCAAGGGUGCCUUCUAAAUUCUUCCCGUAGCUUGCGCUGGUUUGUUUACAAAAAUAUAGAGAAGAACUAUUAUUUCUUGGAUUGAGUUUUGGUUUUUUAAUCAUUGAUAGAUAUAUGCGUUAAAGAGUUAUAAUAAGGUUUGGGCUUUUUUUUUUUGUUUGGUUUAAGAAUAGGUUUUGAGUCAAAUUAUAGACUUUUAGUUUGUAACAUGGUUCAGUUGGAAAUUAUACGAGAACCUUUAAUAUAUAUUAAUAAGCCUUAAGUUUAUUCAUA